CUCGACCACCCGCUUCACCCGAUCCAAAAAAUCACCUCACCCCUACCAACACAAUGGCACCCAUCAAGACUACCAAGGGCGUGAAGAAGGAGAAGGUGACCCACAAGUUCAUCAUCGAUGCUUCCCAGCCUGCCUCCGACAAGAUCUUCGAUGUCGCUGCGUUCGAGAAGUUCCUGCAUGACAAGAUCAAGGUCGACGGCCGCACCGGUAACCUCGGCGACAUUGUCACCAUCAACCAGGAGGGUGAGGGCAAGAUCAUCGUGAUCGCACACACCCAGUUCUCUGGACGCUACCUGAAGUACCUCACCAAGAAGUUCCUCAAGAAGAACCAGCUUCGUGACUGGCUCCGUGUCGUCUCGACCUCCAAGGGUGUCUACCAGCUCCGCUUCUUCAACGUCGUCAACGACGGUGAUGACGAGGACGAUGAGUAAAUCAUCGGCCAUUGGGUCAAACAAAAAAAAGCGGGUAGCGGGCUGCCUUUUGUUUUCCGUACACGGGCGUUUGGUCUUUUUUUUCGAUACGGCGUACGAAUGGUUCAGUUCUUUCGGGGCUUGUAUGUGGGAAGGGAGAAAGCGGUCGUGCGGGAAACAAUCUCGGGUGAUGUUUUAAUACAAAAUUAGAACUCCGCGAAAACAAUUAUCGUCUUGCUCAGCGUGAUGCCGUGAAAUUUGGAUGUUGACUA